ACUUGCAAGUCAACUUCAAGUUAAGUCUUUUCUCCAAGAUUUCACAAUCGUAAAUAAUAACCAUGCAUAUGGAUAUGGCCCGUGUCUUAGAAGUCAUCAAGUCAUUUUCCCAAGUCUUCAAUUUGUAUUACCAUGGAAGUCGUCCUAAAUUUCUAAGAGUAACGAAGAAAUAACCUAGGUAAGAACCCGUGCAUCGAACGGGCCAAAAGGCUAGUUGUAUAUUAAUAAAUAUUACACUUAUUUAAUCUCCUCUAUUUAAUGAAAAAACUCUAGCUGUGACAUAAUUCCUCAAAUACGUAUGGAUUCUUAUUAUAGAGUUGAAACCUAAGGGAAAAUAAUUAUAAAAAAAAAAAAAAAACAAAACAAAAACAUGCUACCAAUACAUAAACUGAACAUGAAAAAAUUGGAUAAAUGGCAAGAGUUAAAACACGUUUAAUUAAACGACAAUUCUACAUGAGAUGACAUACGCAAAAUUUACAACCACUUACCAGCACAUCAGAUGUAUUAAUUUUACAACCACUCGUAGUCUUCAUUUGUCAAUGGUCAUAUCUAAUUUUUAGUUUACUAGGGUGGGGAAACAGAAUUCGAUUGAUGUAUAGUAAGACAGUAUACUAUCACAGCUGACUGAAAGAUCAAAGUCUUCGGCUAGUUAAUGGAACCGAACCGUGUGUAUAAAAAUGGCACUUUGGGAAUUCCGGAACUUUAUAUGAAUAAAAUAUUUUAGUAUAUAUUAUAAAAAUUACAAAAUCUAAAACUUAUAUUUUUAUUUUAAUAUAAAGUUAGCAAAAAAAAAAAAAAAAAAAAAAAAAAAAAUGAAAGGUGUAAUUAAGUGGUUAUGGAUAAUGACGGUAUUGGGUAUUUGGGUUGAAGUUAAUGGGUGUUUGGAGCAAGAAAAAGCUGCUCUUUUACAGCUUAAAAAAAACGUGGGCGACCAACUUCCCUUCAUAUUUCGAUCAGUAUGGUUGUUAGACUACUUGGAAUCCUGGAAGGAAGAUAAAACAAGCAAUUGUUGUGAUGAUUGGGAAGGUGUUACAUGUGGACUCAAUUCUCGAGUAGUAUCUCUCUCUCUAGAGAGUCCAAACCUAGGUCACUUAUCUGAAAUGCAUUUUAAUGCUUCUGUAUUACAUCCUUUUGAGGAACUUCGAGAGCUUAAUCUCACUUCCAUGGGCAUUAAAAGUUGGGAUGAGGAUAAAGGUGCGUCAAAGUUGUCAUCCAAGCUUAAAAGUCUUGAGUCACUAAAUUUACAAUACAAUAAUUUUGAUGCGAGUAGCUUAUCACAAUUACAUGGAUUUUUGUCACUCAAAUAUCUAUUUCUAGACGAGAACAAUUUGGAGGGAUUACAACUACAUGAUAUUGAGGCCAUUAGUCAAAAUUUAGAAGAGUUGGGUCUAAGAGGUACUGAAAUUACUGGCUUCCAAAAUAAUAAUGGUUCUACAAAGUUGUCAUCAAGUCUUAAGGUAUUGGAUCUAUCACAGAAUAUGUUGGAUAACAACAUCAUUAGCCAACUAUCUGGAUUCCAAUCACUCCACACUCUAAAUUUGAGAGCCAACCAACUGAGAGGAGUUGUUCCAUUAAAAGGUUCUACAAACUUAUCAUCAAGCCUAAAGGUACUGGAUUUGUCAUAUACUACGUUGGAUAACAACAUCAUUAGCCAACUAAGUGGGUUCCAAUCACUCCACACUCUAUAUUUGAGACACAGCCAACUGAGCGGAAAUGUUCCAAUAAACGCUUUGCAUCAACUAAGGAAUUUGGAAGUGCUGGAUUUAAGUGAAAAUAAUAUCAAUGGAGUCAGCAACUAUAAUGGUACAGUGACCUCAAGUCCAAUAAUUUGAUCACUGGCAUCACUAAUUAUAAUGGUUCUACAAACUUGUCAUCUAAGGAAUUUGCGUCAGCUAAGGAAUUUGGAAAUGUUGGAUUUAAGUUACAAUGCUAUCACUGGAUUCACCAAUUAUAAUGUUUCUCAAGGUUGUCUCGCUUGGAUCUCAGUAAUAAUGACCUGAGAGGUCGAAUUCCUGCUGCAAUCAAUAAUCUCACUCAAUUGCAAGCUCUAUUCUU